AUGGGGAACAGUUUAAGGUGUUGUUUGGCUUGCGUCCUUCCUUGUGGAUCUCUAGAUUUGAUCCGUAUAAUUCACCUAAAUGGCACCGUAGAAGAGAUUACACAUUCGGUCACAGCGGGCGAGAUUCUCAAGGACAACCCCAACCACGUCCUUGCCAAGCCAUUCUCUCAAGAAGGCAUUGGCCGGGAAAUCCUUGUACUCUCGCCCGAUUCAGAACUCAAGAGGGGAAGUAUCUAUUUCUUGAUCCCAGACUCGUCUCUUCCCGCCUCCGAGAAUAAGAACAACUUGAAAGUGAAAAAGAAGACCAACAACGACAACCUUGAGUCACGUGAUCAACAUCGCCACUCGGAGAAGAAGAAGAACACCAAGUCGCGUGAGGAUCAUCGAAGAAGGAAAGCGCGACCUGUCGAAUGGCACCCUUAUUUGGAUAGUAUAUUGGAAGAACUAUGA